AUGAAGGAAAUGAAUCUUUUUUGUGCAUGAACAAUGAGAGCGCCCACUAAUUGCUCACCUUUUCCCCUCAAUUAAACUUUUGACUUCCAUACAUCUUCACAAGACGUGCCAACCUUGAUGCCUGUCUCCUCUUCUCUCCUCCUCCUCCUCCUCCUCCUUUUCCUUCUUCAACCGCUCUCCUUGUUUCCAUCUCUAAUCCACUCCUCCUCCUUCUUCUGCUUCUCUCUCUGGAAGCCUUUUCUUUGCUUUUUAUGGUUGCUCAAGUAGCUUCCUAAACGAAAUUGAUACUUAUACAAACAUCAACGUUUGUCGUUUUCUGUUAUUCAGUCAAAAAUCUUUAACCCAAACAUACACUGUCCUCUGUCUAUUCAUUUUCGUUUACUUGUUUCUGUCCUUUUCUCGGCAUUUGGCUGUUUCCCCCACCUGGGUUCACACUGCCAGUGAUUAAAUUUUGCACUGGGGAGAUGGGACUUGGCCUGUAGUCUCAGCUUGAGAAAGAACCCAAUACUGUUCUGUAAUAGGAGGAUCAGAAGGGCUGUGUUUCAAAUAACCCAGUAAAGUAGCGGCCUUUAUUGAGCUCUGUUUAAUGGGAUUUCAUGGUUGAGCUGAGGGUAAUAGGAUCUUCUAUUCAUUUUCUCAGCAACUGGAGAGAGGAAAUGGGAAAUUUCCGAGCUGUUGUUGGUUCUUUUUAAGGAUUGUUUCGACUUAACUUUCUGGAUUAAGGAUUCCAAGUGCAGUUUUCUCAAUUAAGGAUAUAAUGACUGCGUCUUCUGUUUCUAAAGAAGUAUCAAAUUAUGAUGAGGUUUCUAUGCAGCAGAGUCUGCUAUUCUCUGAUAGUCUUAAGGACUUGAAGAAUCUGAGAACACAAUUAUACUCAGCAGCUGAAUAUUUCGAACUAUCAUACACAAACGAUGACCAGAAACAGAUAGUGGUAGAGACAUUGAAAGAUUAUGCCAUUAAAGCUCUUGUGAAUACAGUGGAUCAUUUGGGUUCUGUGACAUAUAAGGUUAAUGAUCUCUUGGAUGAGAAGGUUCAUGAAGUUUCUGGAACAGAGUUCCUUGUGUCUUGCAUUGAACAGAGACUAAGGACAUGCCGAGAAUAUAUCGACCAUGAGGGUCUCACCCAACAAUCAUUGGUGAUAAAUACUCCAAAGUACCAUAAGCGGUACAUCUUGCCUGUUGGGGAGACGAUGCGUGGAGCCAGUCGUACAAAAGCAAAAUACAUGGGGUGCAGCCUAGAUGAUGAAGAUGAUUGGCAUCAGUUCCGAAAUGCUGUUCGAGCUACGAUCACUGAGACCCCAACAUCUUCAGUCAGUAAAGGGCGUUCCCCUUCGCCUUCUCCACGACCUCCACAGCGAUCUGCAACCUUUUCCUUUACAUCUACUAUGCCAAAAAAACAAUUAGAGAAGCGCACAGUUUCACCACAUCGUUUUCCAUUAUUACGUUCUGGGUCUGUGUCGAGUAGGCCGACAACCCCAAAUAGCAGUAGGCCUACCACUCCAAGUUCAGCAGCUACUGCAAGACGACGGUAUCCUUCCGAGCCUCGAAAAUCAGCUUCAAUGCGUAUCCAACCUGGAACAGAGAAUUCUAAAGACAUUGAGCAAUACCCCAGCAAAAGUAAACGUCUUCUCAAGGCCUUGCUAAGCCGGCGAAAAUCCAAGAAAGACGAAAUGCUAUAUACUUAUUUGGACGAAUACUGAAACGAAAAAGUGAUGCCGGUGCAAAGAAAAGCAGCCAAGGUUGCUGGAACAAUGAUGAACUUGGCUUUCCUGGUUUUCUCUUCGUUCAGACGUUUAAACCUUUUUUUUUUUUUUUAUUUUCUCGAUCAGUAGCUAUUUCAUCAUGUAAGUUAAAAUUUCCUUUGAGGUGCAAUAGUGUUGUUUGCAGGGUGCACCAUUCUACAAGUGUUCUAUAGUAAUGCAUGUUUUGAUUUGAAUAGGAAUGUUAAUUUGUUCCUUCAUUGAUAUUCUGCCAUUUGUAAUCAUUUCUUUAUAUAUAUGAGUUUUCUCAGAAUUAUUGUUCA